AUGAAUAUGUAUGAAGCAACUUGUAAUGUUUCAAGAAAAUUUGUAAAGGAAGGAUUAAGGUAUGCUUCAGGUGGAGAUGUUGAUAGUGCUUAUAAUUAUUUGAAGUCAUUUGAUUUCAUAUUCAUAUUGCAUUUAAUGAAAGAAAUUAUGGGGAUCACAAAUAUGCUUUGUCAAGCUUUACAUCAACAAUUUCAAGAUGUAGUUAAUGUUAUGCAUUUGGUUAGUACAACAAAAACUCUUAUUCAAGAAUUAAGAGAAAUUGGUUGGGAUGAACUGUUUGCUUCUGUGAAGUCUUUUUGUGAAAAACAUGAUAUUAAGAUUCAUGAUCUUAAUGAUGUUCGUUCAACAACAGGAUUUGGUGGACAUCGUCUUGAAGAUAACCAGGUAACCGUUGAGCAUUAUUUUAGAGUUGAAAUAUUUUUCACUCCCAUUGACAAACAAUUGCAAGAGUUGAAUAGCAGAUUUAGUGAGCAAGCAAUUGAUUUGUUAAGUAUAAGUGGUGUUUUGACUCCCAAGGAUAAUUACAAGGCUUUUAACCUUGAUACAAUUUGCACUCUAGUUGAAAAAUAUUAUCCUAUGGACUUCAAUGAGAAAGAGAAGAUUAAUUUGAAAUUUCAACUUCGGCAUUUUAUUAUUGACACUCGUCAAGCAUCGAGUUUGAAUAAUUUGUCGACUAUUCAAGAGUUAUGUUCAUCUUUGAUUGCAACUGAAAAGAAGGAAAAUUAUUAUUUGAUCGAUAGACUUCUCUGCCUUAUCAUGACUCUGCCUGUAUCUAUAGCUACUAUGGAAAGAUCUUUUUCGAUAAUGAAAAUUAUCAAAACAAGAUUGAGAAACAAAAUGGAAGCUGAUUUUCUAAGAGAUAGCAUGACAGUUAAUAUUGAAAGAGAAAUUGAUGCAAGUAUUGAUUCCGAGACUAUUAUUGAUGAUUUCAAGCUACUCAAAAACCGUAGAGCAUUAUUUUAA